AUGGCUGACGCCAACGACCAAGCCAACGACCUGUUCAACGACCGCAAAAAGCCCAUCGAGGCCGCCCAGAACUUCCAGCUGUACCUUAACAACGACGGCAUCGACGAGUUGACCCCGUUGGAUCGCAAACACAAGGUGCUGAACUUGUCGCUCUCGGACUUGCUGCAAUGGCAGCUGGGGCUCACCAAGUUGCUGAGUCUGACGUCGUUGAACAAGCAAUCGCUGACUAACUUGAAGAAAGUCGACUCCCUCGCCAAGUUGCUGAGAAACGCCCUGAUCAUCAACCGCAAAAAGAAGCUGGUCAUUGACCACCCGCGGGUCGCGUCGUACGCCUUCUGCUUCGACAUUGAUGGGGUGUUGCUCCGGGGGCCUGAUACCAUCCCUGAGGGGAGGGACGCCCUCAGAUUGUUGUAUGGCGACAACAAGUACAACAUCAAAGUGCCCUCAAUUUUCGUCACCAACGGCGGCGGUAAGCCCGAAUCGGUGCGGGCGGAAGACUUGACCAAGCGGUUGGGCGUCCCCAUCACCCCUGAGCAAAUCAUCCAGGGCCACACCCCGAUGAAGGACCUUGUCAAUGUCUACGACACCGUGCUUGUCGUCGGUGGUGUAGGCAACGUGUGCCGCAACGUCGCCGAACUGUACGGGUUUAAGAACGUUUACACUCCCCUCGACAUUUUGUACUGGAACCCCGCGGUGCUGCCGUACCACGACUUGACCGAAGAGGAAAAGAAGUGUGUUAAAAAGGACGUCGAUUUCUCUAAAGUGAACAUCCAGGCGAUCUUGGUGUUUGCCGACUCGAGAAACUGGGCCGCCGACCAACAGAUCAUCUUGGAAUUGUUGCUUUCGAAGAACGGGGUGAUGUGCACCGAGUCCAAGACAUUUGACGAAGGGCCCGAAAUCUACUUUGCUCACUCCGACUUCAUCUGGGCUACUAACUACAAGUUGUCCCGUUAUGGUAUGGGGGCGUUGCAGGUGUCAAUUGCCGCUCUCUACCGUGAACACACCGGCAAGGAAUUGAAGGUGAACCGGUUCGGUAAGCCUCAGCCCGGUACGUUCAAGUACGCCAACAAGGUGCUCGCCAAGUGGAGACAAGGGGUGCUUGACGAACACUUGAAGAAGUUGUCGAUUGACGACCCCGACGCUAAGGACGCCGACAUCUUGGUCAACAGCGAAGGCCACGAAAUCAUCAACCAGGACAAGUUGCAAUCGUACCACGGCGACUUUGACGACAGCGACGAGGACGAAGACAACAAGAAGCGGUUUGCCAGCGCCAAGAACGAGAAGGAAGAGAAGAUCUUGUUGCAAUUGCCCCCGGCGUCGACGGUGUACUUUGUCGGUGACACUCCGGAAUCGGACAUCCGUUUCGCCAACUCCCACGACUCGCUGUGGCACUCAAUCUUGGUGAAGACUGGGGUCUACAAGGAUGGCACCGUGCCCAAAUACACCCCCAAGUACACCUGCAACAACGUGUUGGAAGCGGUGGAGUACGCCAUCGAACGCGAACACGAAAAGGAGUUGUACGAGUGGAACAACGGCGCCGAAGACACCCCGGAAGACAAGGCGGCGCGCAUCAACUUCGACGACCUCGUGAUGACCCCGCUGGAACGCGAGACGAUGAAGCCGGCGGUGAAGGUGCCGCCCCAACCCCACGAAUACGAAGAAGUCGAGGUGCCCGACAGCUUGGCGCUGGAGAUCCAGAAGGUGAGAGACUUAGGGGUGUGA